AUGAGCGAUCGAGACAGCAGUGCACGACGAAGACGACGUAUGAAAGUUGAUCAGCAAGUUGCAAGUCCGAGAGGAAGCGCUGUAGUCCAGAGAAAUUUUGUCGAUGCAGAUGUAACGCCUGAAAAAGUAUCAAAGGGAACACCCUUAGAGGAUAUUAUCAAAAAAUAUGACCAACCUCCUAACAAUGAAGAUAUGGAGCGAGUCGAUAAGAACAGUCAUGCACUCAUGAUUUUACCAUUCAAAUUUGAUCCAUCUCUCCCUAAUGUUGAACCAGGCCCAAUUAAUUAUGAAAUGGGAUACUCUGAUAGAUGGGAAAAAAAUUAUGUACGCAUGCCAUGUUCACUAUAUUAUACAUUUAAAAACAAUCAACCUGUAUGGCUUACGAUUCGUGAAGAUUUGGGACAGCUGAAGAAAAAAUGUGAUGCUAAAUUAGCCACUUUUCAAGAUUUAAAAGCAACCAUCAUGCGAUGCGCUGGAAAUAAUUAUGAUACGUACUGCCUCGAAGUACUCAUCACUAGGAUGUAUGCACCCGAGGAGCAUAUUCAUUUUAUGUCAACUGUUCUAUCCAAUAUUUGUGAUUUAGCACUCAAUGUUAAUAUAUUCUGUAGUCGAUCACCACCAUUAUUACUCGCCGGAAACAAUCACUCAGUUACAAUGUCACAACGGCAAGCUGCUUCGUUACUAGCUUGUGCAUUUUUCUCCUUAUUUCCAUAUCGAUCUGAACACGAACCGACAGAAGAAUAUAAAAAAUUUCAAGAUCCAAAUUUCAUAAAAUUGUAUCAAUAUGGACCUUCACAGAAAAUCGAAAAACUUCGAUGCAUUUUACAUUAUUUUCAAAGGAUUACAAAAAGAAUGCCCAGCGGUGUUAUUACUUUUCAGCGUUUCUCAUUACCUGAGAGUGAACAUCCGAAUUGGUCGAAAUCAAAAGCAGAACUCUCUCAUAUACAUUUGACUAUGAGCGACAAAAUUGAAGACAUUGAUGGCGUUUUACAAGUUGACUUUGCUAAUAGAUAUAUCGGCGGCGGUGUUUUAAGUGCAGGAUGUGUACAGGAAGAAAUUCGCUUUUGUAUUUGCCCUGAAAUGCUUGUUAGUUUACUGAUUUGUGAAAAGAUGGAACCCAACGAAUGCAUAUUUCUUAUUGGAUGUGAACGAUAUGCGUCAUACAAAGGUUAUGCGGAGUCAUUUCAAUUCGACGGAAAUUAUAAAGAUAACACACCUAAAGACAAUUGGGGCAGAAAAUGGUGCCAUGUAGUAGCAAUGGACGCUAUUUGUUUCCCUGAUCCGAGGUCACAGUAUAACAUGAAGAAUAUUGAUCGUGAUUUACUUAAAGCUUACACAAGUUUCUAUCCGCAAGAUACAAAAAAGAAAGGCAAUGCGUGUUCCGGUAUUGCUACAGGAAGUUGGGGUUGUGGCGUAUUUAAUGGUGAUCGACAAGUGAAAGCAAUCAUUCAACUAAUGGCUGCUUCUGCAGCUGGACGCCCACUAAUCUAUGCAUCGUAUCUUGAUAAGAAACUGGUUAAAUCAUUCUUUGAAGUUCAUCAAUAUUUGUGGAAUCAAAAAGCAGAAGUACGGGAUUUGUAUCAGUAUCUGCAAAGAUAUUGUGGUCAACCUGAUCGACGCGAAUCACUAUUCGAAUAUAUUCUAAGGAAACCGAUUUCUUCUUUAAAAUCGUGA